AUGUCGGGUAGCAACCUCACCCUUCAGGAAAACGCGGUUUCGCCAUACGGGGAUAAGUCCAGGAAUCGCGAGGAGGCUCAUCGCCGGUCAGGAGGACCUCGCGAGCAUCUCCACUCUUCUCGUCGACCAAGACAAGCCCUCUUGGACAACCUCACAGCUGACGGGGAGGAUCCACGACAGACAAAAGGACAUCGCAAACAUCCUCCUCUUCAAGUUCUAAACCCAGAGACUCUUCAUUUUCCACGAUUCUUAGGAGUUCAAGUUCUAAACCCAGAGACUCUUCAUUUUCAUCGCAGAAACAAUUCACUUUCACCGAAACUCUUUUCAUUUCAAGUUCUAAGCGCAGAAACGAUUCAUCGCAUUUCAAGUUCUAAGCACAGAAACGAUUCAUUUUCACCAAAACCCUUUUCAUUUUCACCGAAACUUUUCACUCAUUUCACAUUUCACCAUCGCAGUUCACCACCCAGACGAUUCAUCAACACCGAAACCCUUUUCAUUUUCACCGAAACUCUUCGCUCCGAAACUCUUCUCAAUGAAGCUGAAGAGCUUAAGCCACUGCUUGAAGAAAUGGAAAGCAGGUCUUCCAGGAAAGAAUAUGGUCAAAUCCUUGUAAAAUGCCACAAAUUAUACUAA